AUAAUGUGGCAUUGCUCUUUCUCUUCCCUCUCACUUUGCUGCUUAUUCUUACUAUUAACAACAAUUCCUACACACUGUUACCUGAUUUCCCCACCAUUGUUAGACUUGAUCAACUCAACCUGCAAAGAAUGUUCAGAUAAGUCAGCAAACAUAAACUACAACUUCUGUGUUACUUCACUCCAAGCAAUUCCUAUAACUCAUGUUACCAACUUACAAGGAGUAGGAAUUGUAGCAAUGGAGCUUGCUCUAGAAAAUGCUACCAACACGAUUUCAAGCAUUGAGAAGAUGCUCAGUAGCAAAGAGUUUGAUCCUUUUGCUAUGAACUGUUUAAGAGAUUGCUUGGAACUUUAUGUAGAUGCUAUUACCAUGCUGGUUGAUGCUUUUGUCGCGUUCUUGGCUGAGCAUUUUGAUAUAGCUACUGUACUAAUGAGGACAGUUAUGGAUGCGACAUCAACAUGUGAUGAAGAGUUCACUGAGAAGCAAGGAGAGUUGACACUACUAGCAAAGGAGAAUUACAAUCUCUUCCAAUUGAGUGACAUCUCCUCAUGCAUCAUUCAACAAGUUUCCUCUGUUCCUUCUCAGCUAACUAAUGUAUCUUCUUAAGAUGUGGCAGCUAUAAAUUGUGUACUGAAUGGGACAUCAAAGGGUUGCUAAAUUCUUGUAGAAAUACUGAUCAACAAGUCUUGUUAUCCCCAUCCCCCUUUUCCUUUCCCCUGGCAAGGAUAUUUGCACAUCAAAGUUGAAAACAUACACAUUAGAGGUCAAUUAACAAGAGAACUGGGACUAACACAAGAUAAAUGGUAACAACAAAAAGAGCACUAUAUAAUCAAGUGUUAAGAUCCAUAUAGUUAAAGAUGAGAUUUGUCACUUCAAAGGCCCUCCCCGAACUGUUUCUGAAAACCCAUCUCCAUCCCCUUAAACCUCACGUUACAAUGUGCUAGCUUCAUAAAUUUCAGUCUAGAUUGUUCAGAAGAGGCAGCUCUUAGCUGCUUUCUCAGCAAUUGUGUGCUGUCAAGGAAGGAGAUUACCAGUACUUGCAAGCCACAGCUGAUUGUCAUGAUUUAUCAAGACAUGAACUGGUGGAACCCUUGAUAAAGCAAGGUUCAGUAGGUAUGAAUUAUACAGCUGAAUAAAACAUACAGCUAUGGGAAACAAAGUGCACAAUUUUGUUAGCA